UUACAUAUAUAUGUUUUUACUCGGCGAACAGCUGAUAUAAAUGUUGCCAGGCUGGUUUGCUGGGAUCUGUCAUAUGAUUUUGUUGAUGGCAAUCUUGUGAUUUAACGUUAAAUUAAUUGAAAACUGUUGGAAACUGUAGCAGGUUACAGAAUUAUGAUGCAGCUUGUCGCAUGGCUCGGGAAAUUGCAGAAAACAUCCAUGAAAGAAAUAGACAGCAGAGGACUGGAGGAAAUCCAGCCAAGCUCAACAUGUCCCUGAGAGCAUCAUUACAGAAGCUCAAACAGAAUAUAGCACAGCUCAGGGAGACAUUGAAUCUGACUUCUACCCAACGGCGUAUAAUGCAAGCUGAAGCAAACAGAAGACAGACCCUUGUUGAUGACCUCGCUACCAGAGAAGCGAUACUGAACACCUCUUUUAAAGAAGACAUCUCAGAAGCUGAGCCAUCAAGGUUUUGUCUGAUGACAGAGGGAAACGGUUCGAGGCCUGCUGGGAACCCGUGGCUGGUUAAUGAGUCUGAGCAGACCAGAGGACUCAGCUUUGGAGAAAUCAAACACCAACAGCAGCAGAUUAUUGAAGCUCAGGAUGCUGGCCUGGAUGCUCUGGCUGCAGUCAUAAGUAGACAAAAACAGAUGGGUCAGGAGAUUGGCAAUGAGUUAGAAGAACAGAACGAGAUCAUUGAUGACCUUGCUCAGCUUGUGGACAAGACAGACAGCCGCAUCAAAAACGAGACGCACAGAGUCAAGCUGUUAGACACUAAGUCUGCUACCCGUGGAAUGCAGGGGGUGAUUGUUCUUCUCCUCGUCGCUAUCAUUGUCGUGGCUUCUUGGUAGACUUAAUGAAGAGCAAGUUUCUGAAGAGAAGACGGCACAUAUAUUAGAAAAACCUUCUUUGAGGUGAACGAGAGAUACUCACAGGCUCCUGUCCCCUUUUCCAUUUAUGAAAAUAAUAAAACCCAUGGCUGGGAAAAAGUCAAGGAAUGGACCACUAUGAAGAACUAAACGUCUUAGCUCCACAGAUAAUGAUCAAAGUAGGAUUUGGAAUGGAAAGGAAAAUAGAAAAGAGUUUUUUUAUAGUAUAAUGAAUAUAACCAUGAGCUCGAGAUGCUCCAAGGGGGGAAAACCUAUUUCAGUUCUUUGUUUGGCAGCGUAUCCAUCUUGUAAACAGGGUCCAAGUCACAAAGCAAUACAUAUACAGUAUAAUGCAAAUAACUUCUUAACUUCUCUUUCAUUUACAGGUCAGAUUCUAUUUUAUAAGUGAGAAAAAAAUGAAAUGCCUGAGUUUGUUAUGUAACACUUUCCUGUAAAUAGCUUUUAGCCUGAAAAUGUGACUGUUAGAAAUUCUAAUAAAUGUAGUUGGUCAGCUUUUGUCUCAGCUGUUUAGAUGGUAAUAUUUCAGUUAUCACAAAUGUUAGUGCUGAUCAUUUCUCACGUUAGGUCUUAUUUUCUUGAACCUUUACUGUAAUUACUGACUUAAAUCUUUUUUUCAACCAAAUUUAUAAGAGGGGGGAAAAUGAAAAGGCACACUAGUAAUAUUUUGAGGUUUUAUUCCAAAUGAAUGCUGAAUGUAGUUCUACCAGGUUGGUGUUCAGUAGUUAUCUUCCCCUCUGGACUUUAAUCACAACCAUCUAAACAACCACAAACUGUAAAAAAGAAAAAAGAAAAAGAAA